AUCAACUAUCUAUCUUCCGAUCAGCAAUCCCAUCCAAAAGAGCUCAUAUCAAUUAUGAAAUUCUCAGUUUCUACCGUUGUCAUAGUUGGCUCAAUCAUAACUCAAGUCUCCGCAUGGCCUCUCGAGCUUUUCAGCAACCGGGAGUGCGGCCUCUCGCUACGUAGCAUUGAUCUUCCUGACGAGGCAGGAUGCACCACGAUUGUCGGUGACGACCCAGCUUACGGCUACAUGUUUGCUUCUCCACCUUCCGGAAGCUGCGUUGUCAGCCUCUAUCUUGAUGAAUCUUGCAAUAGCUUCAUCUCCAUCAUUAACUCCGAUAGUGUUGCGAACAGCUGCGAGCCGGCCAACAGCCAAAUUGUUGCAUUCACGGUGGAUAGCUGCUGA